CUUCACACACACUCGCACGCUGCAGUUAUUCGGAGGCACAGCGUGGAGGCUGCACAUACACACACCGGCACCUUUGGGGCAACAUGGCAAGGAUACCUCACCGCUGUGUGACGAUAUCAGCGUGCUUGGCAGGAGCUCUCCUACUGCUGCCGCUCUGCUGGGGUGUUGAGGAUGAGGAGUAUGAUUUUGACUAUGAUUCUACACAAUCACCAGACUACAAUUCAACAAUCCUGUACAGUUUCUUUAGCAAUGCAAGCAGGGAAGAACUAGAGAACAUUACUAGAUUACUGUUAGAAGGGACAGAGACUGAAGAAGACAGCAGCAAGAGAGAAACAGAUGAAAAUGUGCCAAAAGAAAAGCCAACCAAACCCACUGUCCCUAUGAAUCAGGCAUCUAGAUCAGCACCUGUAUAUUUUAUUACUCUAUUCAUGAUGGUUUAUCAACUGCUUAGACUACUAUAGAAGACACAUAGCACCUUACAGAACACUAUCACACAUCAGAACAGAAGUCCUCGAGGAGGAAGAGCAGAUGGACAGAUAACCUGGAUGUUCAGUACAGACCGACAAGCAGACACACAUAAAGAACUUGCUGACCGAAGUGGACAGCAUCCAUGACAAACUCACAACAACACAAACUGUUAAAGAAAAUACACACUGUUUCGGCUUUAUUAAAGUAAAUAUAGAGCACAGAGAAAGCACACAGAGGGUCGCAUAGGCUGGAUCAGUGCAAUGGAGCAUAUGAAUAUGAAUGUUGGGCUAAACUAAAUGACCAAUUCUUUUGUGCCUGUUUAUAGAUUUUGAUUCAUAGAUUGUAAAAACAAUCAAAUCAGUGGACAUAAUUGUACACAAUGUAAAGUUUUCUUAUGCCAAUUUUGUCUUUAAGCAUAAUGCUUUAUAAUAGUUUGCCCUUGAUUAAUUCUAUGCUUAAAUCCAGACCAUGUAAGUGCAGAAACACAAUUUUUUUAGUCUUAUAAAGCAUGUUCAGUAUCAUGACCUUUCACAUAGGCACUUUUUUACUCCUGCACUUCUCAGCCUCACUGCUUCCUCAGUAAUCUUACCAUUUAUGACAGCAGCAGAUGUUUCAUUUUCUAAUGGAUUUUUUCAUUUUGAAUUAUGCACAUGAGCCAACAUUUUUUAUAUGUUGUUACAGAUACUGAAUAAAUAUUUUUUCAUGUAA